CACACACACACACACACACACACCCCGCCUCCCUUUUCUGGUCAGCUGAUCGUGAGUCUGUCUGCUGACUGUCAAACCGCCUCAGACCCGACCAACACGGGAUACCGCCACCUCCGGAAACGAGCCGGGCUUUGGCCCCGUUAUCGGAGCUCCUCACCCGGACUGCUUCCUUACGUCCUCCGCCGUGAGCCGGAAGCCGAACUGUUUGGCCUAAAAGAGCGCGAAGCCUCCGCUCCCGCAGCCGGAUUCUGCCUGUCCGCCGAGGCAGGUCGAGCUGCUCAACUGCAGCCCGAGCCCGUUGACUCCAGCCGGGCCCCGCGACAGCCAUGGCCCUGCUGGACCUCGCCAUGCAGGGCUUCGCCGUGUUCGGCUUCAUCUGUUUCUUCGUGCUGUGGCUCAUGCACUUCAUGUCCAUCAAUCUACACGUCUCCACCUAACACAAGAAAAGGUCAGAAGUCAAACAGCCGUUCAUGCAGCUGGCAGGAGUUUCUCUACUGAAGCCACUAAAAGGCGUCGACCCGAACCUGAUCUCCAACCUGGAGACAUUCUUUACACUGGAUUACCCAAAGUAUGAGAUCCUGCUGUGCAUUCAGGAUCAAGACGAUCCAGCUGUUGAUGUCUGUAAAAAGUUGUUGGGAAAAUACCCAAAUGUAGAUGCUCGAUUAUUCAUUGGGGGGAAGAAAGUUGGAAUCAACCCCAAGAUCAAUAACCUGAUGCCGGGCUAUGAAGCAGCCAAAUAUGGGCUGGUGUGGAUCUGCGACAGUGGCAUCAGAGUGAAACCCGACACCCUGACAGAUAUGACCAAUCAGAUGACAGAGAAGGUGGGAUUGGUCCACGGGUUGCCAUAUGUUGCCGACACGCCAAGGUUUGCUGCCACACUAGAACAGGUGUACUUUGGGACGUCUCACCCUCGCUCAUACAUCUCGGCUAACGUGACGGGGAUAAAGUGUGUAACGGGGAUGUCAUGUCUGAUGAGGAAGGACGUUUUGGCUGCCGGCGGCUUGGUCGCCUUUGCCCAGUACAUUGCUGAGGAUUAUUUCAUGGCGAAAGCCAUCGCUGACAGAGGCUGGAAGUUCUCCAUGGCAACACAGGUGGCGCUACAGAAUUCUGGGUCAUACUCCAUUGGCCAGUUUCAGUCUCGGAUGAUCAGGUGGACGAAGCUGAGGAUCAACAUGCUUCCCGGCACCGUUCUGGAGCCCGUUUCUGAGUGCUUCCUCGCCAGCCUCAUCAUUGGCUGGGGCCAUUAUGUGUUCAGGUGGGACAUGAUGGUGUUCUUCAUGUGUCACUGUCUCGCCUGGUUUAUUGCAGACUAUAUCCAGCUGACUGGACUCCAGGCAAGCCCUCUGUGCUUCUCGAAGCUCGACUUUGCCGUCGCCUGGUUCAUCCGGGAGUCGAUGGCGGUGCAGAUCUUCCUGUCAGCUCUGUGGGACCCGACCAUCAGCUGGAGGACCGGGCGCUACCGGCUGCGCUGCGGCGGCACUGCCGAGGAGAUCCUCGAUGUGUAGUUACCUCGGUGACAGGCCACACCUGCCCACGCCCCCACCCUCAUCUCCUCAUUACAGAGAGGAGGGGAAGAGACUGUUUUUGGGUUUUUUUUUUGUUUUUUUAUGAAGAAAAACUGAGAGAGUGUGUGUGUGUGUGUGUGUCUGUCUGUGUGUGUCUGUGUGUGCGUGUGCUUGUUGUGUGUGUUUUUAAUUAUUUAUGUUCUUUUGUGCUACAAAGCUAAAUGACGCCAGAACAAGGGGGCAAAAAGCUGGGAGUGAUACCUGGCACUCAGUCAGCAGAUGGUGAGCCAAUCAGAACAGAGGAGAAGAAAUACUCUCACUUGGGUGGUUGAUGAUAUUUUCUAUGGAAGUCAAUAACAGGCAUGCACUCAUUUUACUCUGAAAGUCAUCUGUGCUGUCAAAAACAAUCACAAAUGCAGGUGUCAGUUAUAAAAAAAAAAAAAAAAAAACUUAUUCACCCUCCUUCUGGAUGAAGGAGGAAAAACGUCUUUAAAGGAAACAAAGCAGAGGUCACUGACUGGAUGAGCUGAAGCUUCUGGUUCUGGAGUCACAGAGACUUGAUGAAACUAAUCGUCGGCUUCGGAGUCAUCUUCAAAUAAAAGUGAAUUAUCUCGAUGUUUCUGAGUCACUACAAGAAAAAAAGCUUCUGUGCAGCUUUAAGAUGAAAACAAGCAGCUGAAAAACUUCAGGUGGCCGAGUGUCUUUAAAAAAUACAGGAAAAAAUCUGCAUUUUACAGACGUGGACACGUUUUUAUUAACAAUGCCAUCAUUAAUUAAAUUAAAAACGCACCUGGUAAUUAAAUGAAAUCAUCAGUGUUAUUUUGUCAUGAUGCAGGACAAGGGUACAAGAAACUGUGUACAAGAAAUUGUCACAAAACCAACACAUCAGCUAGAAAAUAAAAAGAUUAAAUACAAAUCUGCAAAUGAAACACUCCUGAUUCACUGAUGUGAACUGCACAUUAUUUAUUUUUAAAAUUCAUUGGUAAAACUAAUCUGUCAGAAGACAAAACUGUCAUUGCAAAAGACCCCCCCCCCCCAAAAAAAAAAAAAAAUUAAUUAAAAACUGAUAUAAAAUUGAUACGUUCUAAAUAUCAAACUAAACUCGUUUGGGAAAGUAGCAAAACAAAUAGUCCAAUGAGAGCAAGGACUUUUAUGGAAACGGCUUUUUUUGUGUUGAUGUAAUUCCUGAAAACGCGCGUGGGAGUCGAGCACUGAAAGAAUUCCAGUAUUUUUGUGGUGAUGAUGAGUGGUCACUGCAUUUCAUGAGUUUGUCCAAAAAAAAAAAAAAAAGGACCAAAAAUCGACAUUUCUGAAGUUUGUGUGUGUGCGUGUGUGGUGUGUGUGUGGAGUGAGAGAGAGAGAACUGUUUCUUAAGUCAUGUGCUUCGCUGUUAGCGUUUAGCUGUUACCGUAGCCACUUGGUGUUUGGUUGAUGACAUCACGCUAAUGUCGGACAAACCCACGUGGCCAAUCAGAAGAAUCUUUGUUUAUUGUUAUUUUUUCUAAAACUGUAAAAAUAGGAUAAUAAAAUUUUUCCUUUUCAA